AUGCAGGCACCGGAAGAUCGCGAUGCCGAAGAGGGCGCGGUGCGGAAUGCCAAGACGGGCUUCCGCUGGUUUCUCCACAAGAUGAACCCGGUGUCGGCUCGUGCCAAGGGCGACUUGCGCAUCAUCAAAGAGUACUUCAAGACGGACGACCGUGCCAGAGCAGAAAUGAAAGAUACGAGCAAGCAUCCCGAGAUUGACCGAGUCGCCGAGGUGCGAACAGGUCUGGGACUGUGCGUGGAAGAGGUCGAGUUCGUUGCAAAGCGAAAAGCCCGGAUGAGAGACCACUUUGCCAAGUAUCUCGGGCUGGAUCCAGCUACGGUGCACCUGGACGACGUGCCCUGUAUUGGCCUCGGUGGCAGCGGAGGAGGCUAUAGAGCCAUGCUGGGACUUCUUGCUUACUCAGCCGCGAUGAAGGAGAGUGGCCUAUGGGACCUACUGAUGUACAUCGCCGGCGUGUCCGGCUCCUGCUGGUCAAUCGCAUCGUACUACACGUUUGGCAACCUCAAUUUCGACGAAGUGAUAGAGCACUGCAAACGCAGAUUCUCGCCUCAUCACCCUCUCUCGGACGAUGCCAUCAGAGCAAUGCUGUCAGCCUCGGGAGGCAUGGACCUCCUCCUCGGGCCGCUCGAGAUCAAAUCAGAGUCUGGCCUCAGCGUAGUGCCCAUGGACUACUACUCCGUCCUGACCACGGGACACAUCUUUCUGCAUGACAAAGAGCAGCGCCCCACGGCCAGCACCGAGCCUAGCGUCGUCGGCUUCAAGCCGGAGUGGUUCAAAUUCACCAACGCCAAGCAGCACAUCGCCAACGGCGCGGAGCCGCUGCCCAUUCUCACGGCGAUCCGGCACGAGCGGCCGUGGAAGGAGUGGACCGACAAGGAACACCCCUUCAAGAGCGACGUGAUCGACGAGAAAGAGCAUGCUGAGUCGCAUGCAUGGUGGCAAUGGUUUGAGAUGACGCCGUUUGAAAUCGGAUCCGACGAGCUCGAGGCGUGGGUGCCGACGUGGGGAUUUGGAAGGCCAUUUGCGGCGGGCAAGUCGACCACGGGACUGCCCGAGCAGUCCUUGGCCUUGCUACUGGGUCUCACUGUGAGUGCUCCGGCCGGACACAUGAGCUCGUACAUCGCGACGAUCAAGAGGAACCUGCCGGGAAACUUUCUCGGCGCCCAGGUACACGAUCUUGCCAAGGGAAUAUCCCGUCUGUGGGGAGCACACGGCACAGCCGUGUUCGAGGGUCAUCAUCCCUUGCACGCCUGCAAUGAGCACAACUAUCUCUUCCACCUGACGGAGGACAGGGCUCCCGGGAUUCAGAACUCGCCCAGGAUCCACCUGGUCGAUAGCGGCAUGGACAACAACUGCCCGACGUACACGCUCCUCCACCCGAGCAGGAACGUGGACGUCCUGAUCACCAUGGACGCGUCCAGCGACGUGGAGAAGGACCAACAGGGGAGGAUCGACCAGAUAGGCAGUCGCAAAGGCAUCAAGUUCACGAGGAGGCAGCCGGAUGAAACCCCAUACGCACAGGUCUUUGACGGCAAGCUUUGCGACAGGCCAGAGACGGUUAUCGACUCGUAUGGCAAGACUACUACGACCCCUCCGGCGCCUGUCGUUCAUCAAGAGUCUACGGUUGUGUACAUGCCGCUGCUGAAGAAUGAGGAUGCGGUUCCGGGGUUCAAUCCAGCCAACUCGACGUUUUCGAGCUCGUACAACCUCAUCUGGACUCCGGACCAGGUCGAAACGUUGAUCAAAGUGUGCAUCGCGAAUUUCAAAGCCGCAGAACCUGUGAUAAAGAAGGUCAUUCUAGAGGCUUACCAGAAGAACAAGGCAAGGCGAGAAAAGGGCCAAAGAUAG